AUGAGAAAAUCAAUCAUAGCCAUGUUCACUGUGCUGCUAGCUACGAUCAGCUGUAAACGCCAAGAGCCACUGGAGUGCGGCAUUCCGAAGAUCGGUGGCAACGAGUUGAUCACCACUGGAAAGGACACCGUUAUGGGCGACUGGCCCUGGCAUGCAGCCAUCUAUCACCGCAAAGGACAUUCAACGGAUUAUGUCUGCGGAGGAACCGUAAUCAGUGAAGAAUUCAUCGUGACGGCGGCUCACUGUGUCAUGAAUGCAGCGACCGGGCUUAACACAAUCAUUAGUUUCAGCAAUUACGUCCAACCGGCUUGUAUGAAUUUGGAACCGAAUAUUACCGGACAGUAUGGUACUGUUAUUGGGUGGGGAUUAACGGAGUACGACGAAACGUCUUCAAUUUUGAAAAAGGCGGAUAUUCCGGUGAUCGAACCAGUGGCAUGCUUGAAAACCGAUCGAGUGCUGUUCGGACAAACUCUGGACGAUGGUCUAUUUUGUGCUGGAUAUACAAAUGGAACGGGAGUCUGCAAUGGUGAUAGUGGAGGAGGUCUAUUUUUCCGAAGAUCCAACAAGUGGUUUUUGGACCUCAGAAACUACCAGCCACCUCGGUAUAUAUUCACCGGAUGGGUUGGACCCUUGGAUGAAGUUAUUUUGCAUAUGCCGGUAAAGGCGACCCUGCAAUUAGCCGACAAAUCCAAGUGUGGGUCCAGCGAUGGCACCGAGAAACAACUGUGUUUAACGGGAGGUUGUUUGGGCUACGGUGGAAAUCCGGUGGGCUAUACGGCCGAACUGUACGGAAUGCGAUUUGUGCAGUUUGGUAUGACGUCACUGCAGAUACCAUGCGAUUCGGGACCAUCGUUGUAUACUAAUGUGUCUUACUAUAUGGAUUGGAUUAUUGCCAACAUGAAACCUUGA